ACAGUUCAAUAGGCGUGUCAAAAAUGAAUAAUAGUGAAGUGGAAGUUCCCAUCAACAACGAUUUAGAAAGAAAAAUAGCCGAUGCAUUUGAAGUAUUUGACCACUCUCAAAGCAAAAUGAUUGAUGUAAGGGAAGUGUCAACAGUUAUCAGAGGAUUAGGUUGCUGUCCGUCUGAAGCAGAAGUCCAAGAAAUUAUUGUAGGACUAGAGGAUCCCCAAUAUCCCGGAAGUGUACACUUGCUAAAAUUUUUACAGUAUGUGUCCCAACUAAUAACAGAGCACAAAUAUGAGCCAGCUUCACCAGAGGAUCUUCUAGAUGCUUUCCAAACUUUGGAUACUAAAGGACUCGGUUAUUUGACAAAAGAGGAAAUUUCAACAUAUAUGACUCAAUUUGGCGAGCCAUUUACUCAGGAAGAACUUGAAGAGAUGUUAGAAAUAGCGAUAGAUCCGCAAACGAAAACUGUACCCUACGAGUAUUAUAUAAAUCAAUUAAUGGUGAGUAAUUAUCACACUGGUUUAUAUUGGACCUGUGUUCUCUUCCUGAAGAUUCUUUAUCAUACAUACAUACAUACAAGCUGUACGCUCCCGAGGAAGCUGAAGCUGUUUUCACUUGAAGAUCCUUUUUGUGGGGGAUCAUCCCAUUCUGACUUUGGUUUUACAAUUGCUGGUGUGACUUCGCUGUUUCCACUACCUUUCUCCAUUCUUCUCUCUCUCUGAUUUUGCUUCCUAUAUUUCUAAUUUCCAUACUUCUUAAGUCUUCUUCCACUUGUUGUCUCCAUCUGAGUUUAGGCCUGCCUCUGGUUCUUGUACCUGGUGGUAUCCAUUCGGUUAUAACUCUUAACGGAUUGUUCUUCUCUCUUCUCAU